AUGAGGAUUUCACAUUUAAUCAUUGGCAUAUUCUUAAGAUUAGUCUUUGCAGCUCCAACAAUAAAUCCCCGUGCUGGUUUGGUAGCACCAAGCGAUGAUCCCUUCUAUACACCGCCCACUGGGUAUGAGGAUGCAGAAUUGGGCUCUAUUUUAAGAAUUAGGAAACCUGAAAGUCCAUUGGCGAUUAUUACUCUUGAAUUGGAUUUGCAAGAAGUAUAUCAAAUACUUGUUCGUUCUGAAGAUACUUUCCAUCAACCCAAUGCUGUUGUUGCAACAGUUUUAGUUCCAUUCAAUGCAGAUCCUGGGAAAUUAGUUUCAUUUCACCUGGCAGAAGAUACUGCUUCGCCUAACUGUGCACCAUCUUAUGCAAUGCAAGUUGACUCACCUGCUCUGACUUGGAUCACUCCUCAAGCGGAAUUGGCGUUGAUUAUUCCACUCUUAGACGAAGGUUAUUUUGUGAUUGUUCCCGAUUAUGAGGGGCCAAAAGCAGCAUUUAUCGCUGGUUACCAAACUGGACACGCCGUGUUAAAUUGUAUAAGAGGUGCUUUAAAUUUAGGGUCUCAGAUAGGCCUCAAUUCAGAUGCUGAAGUUGUUCUCACAGGGUAUUCCGGUGGAGGAUUUGCGGUUGCUUGGGCUGCUGCUUUACAUCCAACUUAUGCGCCCGAGUUGAGCAUCCUUGGUGGUGCUAUGGGUGGAAUCCCAGUGGAACCUUUAGAAACGGCCAAAAAUACUAUGGGUACAUUAUUCGCCGGGUUCAUCGUCGCAGCAGUUUUAGGUCUUAGUCAUGAGUAUCCACAACUUGCUGAAGAACUCCCAAGUUUGCUUAUUCCGGAUCAACAAGAAUACUUCUACAGUGCCCAAGAUAUAUGUCUUGUUGAAAUUCUUGCAUUCUUUGCCUAUGCAACGUGGGAUCAAUAUUGCAUUGAAGGAGACAAUGUGUUGGAUAACCCAGUGGUACAGAAUAUCACAAGUCAGAAUAGUCUAUUGGAGAAUGGGUUACUUCCUACCAUUCCUUUGUUUAUAUAUUCAAGUGAAAUGGAUGAGAUCAAUCCCAUUGAAAGUACAGAUAAAUUAUACGAUUUAUACUGCUCCAAUGGUGUAAAUGUUGAAUAUAGAAAAGAUGUGUUUUCUGAACACAUCGUAACAGUAGUUGAAGGAAGUGGUCUUGCAGUUAACUUUGUUAAAGAUAGAUUCAAUAAAGUUGAACUCAACCCUACAUGCCAAAAUUCUACUGUUGCUUUCGACUUAUUGAAUGAAGGUGGGCUUGUUGGAUUGGGCGACAUUAUACUGGGAGUUGUUGAUGUGGCACUUGGAAGCGAAUUAGGACCUUCAUCGCCAUAUUCAAAUACUACUUCAGCAUUAUCUGGUUCACCUGCUGGCUCACUGGGAAUUAUUGCAACAGUUGUUAAUUUUGUGCUGAACAUUAUUCAAAAGGCUAUAACUCCAGAUGACCCCGACAAUUUAACUAAAGAAGAAUUCAUUGAUAUCUUAGCAGGUUACAUAAAUUCGAUUGGUAAUGGUAUAUCAUUUGCAUCCAAUUUAAUAUCGAGUAUUUUUGGCUUUGGGUCGAGCGACACCACUUCAUCUACAGCUUCUUCCAAUAGUACAGGUACCUCUCUGGGUGGGGGUUUAAUUUCAACGUUAUUGUCCACGGGAGGGAGUCUCGUUUCCAGCCUUUUGAGCAAUUCAACAACUGAUGGUUCCACUUCCUCUUCUCUGAGUGGUGGAAUAUUAUCAUCCUUAUUAUCAUCAGCUACAAGCAUAAUAUCCAGCCUCUUUACAAGCAAAUAA